AGGAGAGGGAUGAGGAGGAUUAGGAGGAGGAGGAGAGGGAAGAGGAAGAAGGGGAUGGGGAGAAUUAAGAGGAAGAGGAAUGAUAAUAAUAAUAAAAAUAAUAAAAAAUAUAAUAGUAAUAAUAAU